AUGAAAGUUGUUUGUCAUUUGACUAUUGUUGGUGCAUAUAAUAUUGAAUUUGUAUUAAAUCCAUUAUGUAUUGAAUAUUAUAUAAUUAAAGUAAAUGCAGGAUUAUCUCGUUCAUCUGCAUUUGCAUCAAAAGCAAUUGGUUAUCCAUUAGCAUAUAUAACAGCUAAACUUACAUCUGGAAUAAUUACAGUUACAAGAUUCGUUUUAGAAAAAUGUAAUCGAUGUACAAAUGAAAUUGAAAGUUUUAUGGUUAUACCUAUUGGUAGAUCAUUUGAAGAAGCUUUUCAACAAGUUUUAAGAAUGCUUGAUAAAAAUGUAACUGAUUUUGAUUCAUAUUUAAAAACAAUUACAGAUGAUGAAUUAAGUAAUUCAACAGAUAAACGUAUUUUUAUAUUGGCAUUAGCUCUUCGUCAAGGUUAUACAGUUGAAGAUGUAUUUGAAUCAACAAACAUUGAUUACAGUGAUUUGUCAGAUAAAAAUGAUUAUCUCGAGAAAACGAUUUGA